ACGUCUGGUUUGAUCUUUUGGACGCAGCAGGGUGCGAGCGCCGGCGGCGCGUGCGCGGCGACGGCGCUGGUGAGGGGCAGCGACCUGUACGUGGCGCACCUGGGCGACUGCCGCGCGGUGCUGAGCCGCGGCGGCGGCGUGGCGGCCGCGCUGACGGCGGACCACACGUGCGCGGCGGAGGGCGAGAGGGCGCGCAUCGAGCGCGGCGGCGGCUUCGUGAGCCGCAGCGGCAGCGGCGUGUGGCGGGUGCAGGGCAGCCUGGCCGUGUCGCGGGCGUUCGGCGACUCCGGCCUGAAGCGGUGGGUGCUCGCCGAGCCGGCGGUCGCCAGGGUGCCCCUGCGCGCCGGCUGCGAGUUCCUCGUCGUCGCGUCCGACGGACUCUGGGACAAGGUGAGCAACCAGGAGGCCGUCGACGUCGUCUCGAGGAGCCGCAACGCGGCGGCGACGUCGUCCGUGGCGCGCUCCUGCGUGGAGCUCGUGGACAUGGCGCGGCGCAGGGGGAGCAGGGACGACGUCACCGUCAUGGUCAUCGACCUCGAGAGGUUCGUGAGAUAGAAGAAGUUACGGAGCUGAGGGAGGCACUGACUGACAGAUCGAGCUUAGUUCACAAAUUUAAGCUGAUGGAGGUUAAACGGAGCACCUUAUUGAUCGAUUGUAAAUAUGCGGCAUCCAGAGCAAAUGUAAUUUUUUUUUCUGUCCCUCAAUGUAAGUAUAGUAUACACGUAGGCCUGGUAGGAGCUAGGAAUGCAUGCAGUGUUUGGAGGGUACAGAAAAUUAGGAAGACAGGUUCCUAUUCAAGGAAUGGUUGUUGGUGUACAGAUAACUCAUUUGAAUUUAAGCUCUCAGACGGCAGGAAAAUGUUUUAUUUGUGCUGAA